GUGACAAAUAUCAUUGAAGGCAUAUGCUGCUGGAAAGGUGAAGCUCAGUUUGGAGGUGCUGCUGUGAAUCUGCCCCGACACUGGAUGAGACGAAAGUAGGAGUCUGGCUUUCACUGCGACGAGGAGAAAAGGAGGCCAAGGAGCAGAGAAAAUAAAACUCAGCUCAAGGGUUCCUGACCUGAUAUUUGAAGGACUGAAGCAUUAAUUGAUAUUCUGCACAAACAAGAAUAAUUUCCUGUUGAAAAGUCAUUGGAAUUAUCGAUUAUCGGAAGCCACAGAGAUGGGGAGGAGAGAGCCCUGACGUGACUUUACAGGACAGAGCAGAACUGGUGACCAAAAGUAUCGCUGGAUUAAAUGAACUGUAAAGAUGGGGACACUGGCCGAACCAGCGCUGCUGCUACUUUUAUCGCAGAGUGUUUGGGCUUUGGACAUCCCUCUAGAAAUCAGACAACCCCCGACCAUUAUAAAGCAGUCAAUGAAGGAGCAUAUUGUUGACCCUAAAGACACCAUGGUCAUUGAGUGUGAAGCCAAAGGAAACCCUCAUCCCAUUUUCUCAUGGAGACGUAAUGGGAAGUAUUUCAAUGUGGCGCGUGACCCUCAGGCAUCAAUGCGCAGGCGCUCAGGGACGCUGGACAUCUAUGCCUGGAGCAAUCCAGAACAGUAUGAGGCAGAGUAUCAGUGCAUUGCCUCCAACGAGUAUGGGUCUGCAUACUCCAACAAGAUCAGAGUACGACUUUACAGAGCUCCUGUGUGGCCAAGGGAGAUUCUAGAGCCUGUGGUGGUCAGCGCUGGCUUGCCUCUGGUCUUGUCCUGUGACCCUCCACCAGGCCCACCUAAACCUGAAACCUACUGGAUGUCCAGCUGCUCAUUUGCCAGACCUUUCAACUGGCCAAUUCAGACGGCUUUUCCCACCAUGCAGCCUGUGCGGCAGGACCGUAGGGUUUCCAUGGGAGUCAACGGAGAUCUGUACUUCUCUAAUGUCCUCCUUAAUGACUCUAACGCUGAUUACUGCUGUAAUGCUCGUUACCCAUACAAGAACGUCAUCCAGCAGAAAAUGCCUGUGGUUGUUAAAGUGCUUACAACUCGAACAGUGGCUGAGGCUGCCCCCACCUGGCUGUCCCCCACAGGCUCAUCCAGCUCUAUAUUGGUCCUGCAAGGAGAGGAGCUGCUCCUGGAGUGUAUCGCUGCAGGAGUGCCGACUCCUCAUAUUAGCUGGACCAAGGAUGGUGAGAGCCUGGCGGUGACGCCACGCAUGAAAGUAAAGAACUUCAACAAGAUGAUUCAAAUCCCAAAGGCGUCUUUUGAAGAUGCCGGUGAAUAUGUGUGCACGGCUACCAAUAAGAUCAGCUACAUUGAGCACACAAUAAACGUCAGGGUCAAAGCGGCUCCAUUCUGGCUGGAGAAGCCCACUGAUUUGGUCUUGGCUCCUGAAGAAAAUGGACGUUUGGUGUGUCGUUCUGAUGGGGCUCCUCGUCCCACAGUCAGCUGGUUCAUCAAUGGGGAACCAAUUGAAAGUGCUACACCACAGCCUAACAGACAGGUGUCAGGAGACACGCUGAGCUUCCGCAGUGUAACCGCUGAAAACAGUGCCGUCUACCAGUGCAAUGCUUCAAAUGAGUAUGGGUACUUAUUGGCCAAUGCUUUUGUCGCUGUGCUACAUGCAACGCCACGUAUUCUCGGGCCCAGGAAUGAACUCACCAAGGUGAUAGAGGGCAGUCAUGCCUUCUUAGACUGCCGCUAUUUUGGUUCUCCAGUGCCUGACUUGCGAUGGUCCAAGUAUGGACAGGGAAAUCUUGAAGGAAAUCGUUUUAAGACCCACAGUAACGGGACUCUGGAGAUCAAACGUACACGGAUAGAGGACCAGGGAACUUACUUGUGCGUAGUCAGCAACAUUGCAGGCAGAGAUGAGAAUCAAGUCCGAAUAGAGGUCAAAGAGCCCACAUUAAUUGUGACAAGACCACAAAGCAUGAAAGUCAUCCGUGGAAGCGAUGUGAGAUUUGAGUGUGGGGUAAAAGCAGAUGUCUCUACUCCUGUCACAACCACCUGGAUCAAAAACAAAAAGCCGGUCACUCUUGGUUGGAGACUCUCGAUGGACGAAUCAAACCUGAUCAUCACCAAUGUAAACAGAGAUGAUGAGGGCAAUUAUACCUGUGUCAUCAAGAGUGAACUGGACCAGAAAUCUGCCUCAGCACGCCUAAUGGUGAUGGGUAUGACACGUUUAAAACAAAUGAUAUUUCAUUCACCACAUGGUGUGUUCAGCUUUUUAAUUAUUUGUGUAUUUUUGAGAGUAGACCGGCCGGAUCCUCCCACUAACUUGCAGUUGUCGGAUCCGUAUGAACGUAGUGUAAGACUCAGUUGGGUUCCUGGAGACAGCAACCACAGCCCCAUUACAGAGUACUUAGUGCAGUAUGACGAUGAUGACUGGUUGCCAGGGAAGUGGAGAAACCUAUCAACAUACCCAGGGACCCUCAACUCUGUCAUUCUGCAUCUUACACCUUUCACCUACUAUGAGUUCAGGGUCAUCGCUAUAAGCGAAAUCGGAUCAAGUCGCCCCAGUCGUCCAUCUAUGCGCUUCCAGACCAGCGGUGCACCCCCAGACGUCAUCCCAAAAAACGUUAAGGGUGUGGGUACCUGGAGAAACAACAUGGAGAUCAGCUGGGAGCCGCUGACCUACAGAGAGUGGAACGGGCCCCACUUGAAGUAUCUGGUGUGGUGGAGGAGGAGAGAUUCCCGUGAGGAGUGGAAGAAUGCCACCACAAAAUGGCUGAAAUAUUACAUCUAUGAUGCAGAUACCUUCACUCCUUAUGAGAUCAAAGUCCAGGCUGUCAAUGACUUUGGGCUGGGCCCAGAGUCUCCUGUUGUCAUUGGUUACUCUGGAGAGGACCGUCCCAUAACUGCACCCCUGAACCUGAGGGUGUCCGACAUCCAGAGCACUCAGGUGACUGUGCACUGGGACCUGGUGACACGGAACUCUAUUAUGGGAGAGCUGAAAGAAUACAAGGUUUACUACUGGAGAGACAGCAGCCAGCUGAGAUGGCUGAGAAUCAACAGAGCAAUGAAGUCUAAAGCAUUUCCAGACAACAGUCCGGAGCCAUCUGGGGUCCUCACCGAGCUCAUGCCCUACAGCAACUAUAAAAUGUACAUAGUGGUGGCAAACAAUCGAUAUGAAGGGCCACCCAGUAAUAAUAUACACUUUUCAACGCCUGAAGGAGUACCAUCUGCUCCCAGAUCCUUCAGGAUCCAACAGCGACAUCUGGACAGUAUAUAUGUCGACUGGGACCUGCCAGCAGAACCCAAUGGUAUCAUCACUGGGUAUUCCCUCAAGUACCAGACAGUGAACGCCACCAGAGGAGAGGAGCUGCGAGUCGAGGAGUUCCCUCCAAAUGUAACAAGCUUCUCAGUCCGCCGAUACGACCGCUACACUCGAUACAGAUUCUCCGUGGCGGCACGAACUAAGGUCGGGAUAGGGGAAUGGCACACGGAGGAGUCACCCCACUACACCACUGAAAUAUAUGCUCAGGACCAGGUGGACAUCUCCACUCAGGGCUGGUUCAUCGGGAUCAUGUGUGCUGUGGCUCUCAUCGUGCUCAUCCUUCUCAUAGUCUGUUUCAUCAAGAGGAGCCGAGGGGGGAAAUACCCAGUACGGGAAAAAAAGGACAUUUCAUUGGAGCCGGUGGAUGACAAAGAUCAAGAGGGAUCAUUUGAUUAUCGGUCUCUUGAAAGGAUAGCACGUGUCUCCACUCUGCCCUACCCUCGGAGAGAGGAGGAAAGAGGGCUUCAAAGAGGCCAGCCGUCUAUGGAGGCAAUGAUAAAGCGAUCAGACAGCGACGACAGCCUGGUGGACUAUGGAGAAGGCGGAGAGAUACCGUUCAACGAGGAUGGCUCAUUCAUUGGCCAGUACACUGGAACCAGGAGAGAUGUCAGGGACCUGGACUUUGGUGGAAGUCUUGAGCUUCAUUCUCCAAUGAACACCAUCUACUCCCUGGCAUAGAACUCAAAAUUGAAACGUCUUUUCUGACUUCAACUCAACUCUGACUACAACUAUUUGUCAUGUAACUUUACCAUGCUUGUAACCUCCACCUUGAAUUAAGAGCCUGGAGGAACUUGUUGUGCUUGUGGCUUGUCUGCAGGAGGGAACAGCUGGAGAAUGGAGCUGUUCAAUGCUCUGUGUCCUUACAGCCAACACAGCUUUCGUGCAUUUUAAGAAGAAAAUGGUGGAUAGUUGGGACGUUUUUAGAGAGGUACUUAAUCAUCUGAUGCAAAGGAAGCUUUUACCUUUUGUUUUGUAAAUAAAAAAUACUGUGUGUUUAUGCACAUGCCAACGCAUAUGUUCAAUUAUGGAGGGACACUGGCUGCACAUCAGAAGAGACAAAAGUGGAUCAGUUUAUCAUGUUGAUAAAAGCAGUUGCGAGGACCCACUUAACUACUGUUAUUAUAGCUUUCUUUCUUUUAUCCUGCUAAUCUAAAUAAUGAGAUUUGUCUUACUUUUGUAUGCUGAUUGAUUGAAAUAAGGGUCAUACUUUCACUAUCAGGUGAGCUGCAGUGUAAUUGCAGAAUUUAGAUUGCCUCCCCUUGUCUACGUGGACCUUUUGUGUAUCAAAGUAUUGCAGGUGAAAGACAAUAAAAUAUUUCCAGAGACUGAUAAUUCAUCUGCUGGACAGUUUGCCAAUUAUGGUGAUGAUGGGAGGCAAGAGGUCAAACUAUUUGGGGAAUCAGUGACAACCAACCAUAAACCAGUCGUAAAAUUUGUUGUUCAUAUUUCUCUAUGAACUGGUCUCCCCUUUUCACUCACAGUGGAGGUGCUUUUAUUAAUCUUUCUGUAACACCUUUUGUUUUUUUGACUCCUAACAUCAAAUAUCUGUUACCACAGUUAUGCCUUAAUGUAAAUAAAGAAAAAAUAUUUAUUUCUACCAUA